GCGGAUAUAGUGAAUGCAGGGUCCGGGGAGAGCGGAUAUAGUGAAUGCAGGGUCCGGGAGACCAGAUAUAGUGAAUGCAGGGUCUGGGGAGAGUGGAUAUAGUGAAUGCAGGGUCCGGGGAGAGCGGAUAUAGUGAAUGCAGGGUCCGGGGAGAGCAAAUAUAGUGAAUGCGGGGUCUGUGGAGAGCGGAUAUAGUGAAUGCGGGGUCCGGGGAGAGCAGAUAUAGUGAAUGCAGGGUCCAGGAAGACCAGAUAUAGUAAAUGCAGGGGUCCAGGGAGACCGGAUAUAGUGAAUGCAGGGUCCGGGGAGAGCAGAUAUAGUGAAUGCAGGGUCCAGGGA